AUGGCCUGCUCAACACGCCGCAAUGCCUCCAAGGUCACCACUCCUCCGGCCCCCACGAUCUGGCCGGUCAUCUCCUCCUUAAUUUUACUCUCCCGUACAAACUCAUCCGCUGGAUUAUCCGCUCCAGGGUCUACGUAUUCCGAUGCCGAUGGUAUCAUGCGAGAAAGAGCACCCUACCCAUUUGGUCUCCGAGACAACCUUCUUUUCCGAGACUCAUUGGUCUAUUACCUUGUCAUCUUCCUCAACCUCUUCCUACGCUUCACUUGGUCGCUCAAGUUAUCUACUCAUCUAGAUACAGUUGAAGAACUAGAAUCGAGCGUAUUUUUAAUGGAAGCACUGGAAGUUACUCGUCGUUGGGUUUGGGUGUUUUUCAGAGUUGAGUGGGAGGCAAUUAAAAAGGAACAAGCAGGUGAUGCUUCUGCUCGUAUCCGUCCUUAUACUCCGAACGAGGAGAUUGAGUUUGAUUUGAUGGGUUCGAGUAGAGGGCCCAGUCGGUCGCUUACGCCCGACCCUCUCAGGAAAUAG